AUGUUGUCUAAAUGGGGGGAUGUCAUCCAUAGCGGUGCGAUGGUGAUGCCUCUACCGAUGUUGCAUCUCCACAGGCUCCACAAGCUGGAAAGGGUAUUUGUUGUCUACCAAAACGCAAAGGGUGAGAAACCGCUGUUCAGGGCUUCUUGCGCGUACCCGUCUUAUUGUUCUGGCACUUAUGAACCACCUUUUCACCAGCAGAGCACCCCUGUUGCUGUGCUUUAUUUGGGGAGAAAGGUCGUGAAUGGUAAAAAGUUAGGUAUUGAGAAGGACGCAGUGGACAUGAAGAUUCAGGAUGCUUCACCACCUGGUAAUCGACAUGUGGUCACCGCCUCCACACACUGA